AAAAAAAAUUGUACUGCUUCUGGCCACUGACUCUGCUGGAAGAGAGCACAAGCGGGGCUUGGCCUGUGGACCACUCAAUUCCUCCAGGCGCACCGACUUCACACCGGAGAUAGUUGGCGACUGACAGACUGACCCGGAAACGAAGCUGGAGUUUGUUGAAAGCGGUGGAGCGAGUUCUAUUUGAAAAGAAGGUGAUUUUUAAACAAAAAUAAUAAUAAUAAUAGGCGGAGCAGCAGGAGGAGCAGCGCUCUCCCGAUGUCUGUGUAGCUCCAGGCACCAUUGCACCACUGCGAAAGAGGUGGAGGGUGCUCCCAGCCAUGGCAACGUACAGCCCCGAAUCGCUGAUGACUCUGUGCACCAAAUAUUGUUUGUGGAACCUAGAGGGAACUCUGUGCUACAUGCAAGACAAUGAGACGCUGCGACUGCACCCUGAUAUCUUCCUUCCCAGUGAGAUCUGUAACCAUCUUGUCAACAUGUACAUGGACCUUGUGAACACAGACAACAGCUUCCCCGGACACUUGAGUUUCUUUAGCUUGUUCUCAGACCAUCGGAGCACCCGACUAACUCACGUACACCUGAGGGGGAUUCACGAGGAUAUCAUUCAGGAUGAGGACUUGGUGGCAUUUUCGAAACAAGAUCUCGUUGAGCUUCGCUUGGUGAACUGCGACAGGCUCUCGGCCAAAAGCUUACAGACUCUGAAUAACUUCCGUAGCACGCUGGUUUCACUCAGCUUGUUUGGGUGCAAUAACAUUUUUUAUGAAGAGGAGAAUCCUGGUGGCUGCGAGGGGUACAACAGCCUGGUCAACCCCUCACGGCAGGUUCUUGUUAAGGACUUCACCUUUACUGGCUUCCACCGGCUGUGUUUCCUCAACCUGGGUCAUCUAACCGAUGGAGUGAACGUGGACCGACUCCUGCGGCCACUGACCUCUCUGACCUCACUUGACCUCUCUGGAAUCCAGCUGAAUGACAUCCAGUUUCUGCUGCAGUGGCAGAAGCGGCUUGGGUCACUAGUGCUGUACAAUAUGGACCUCUCUGACGAGCACAUCUGGGUCCUCCUGCAGCUCACUAACCUCAGACACUUAGACAUUUCUCGUGAUAGAACUUCCAGUUUUUACAAAUUCAAGCUGACCCGGAAAGUCCUCACGGCCUUUGUGCAGAACCUUAAAAACCUCGUCUCAUUAGACAUCUCAGGACACCUGAUGCUGGAUAACUCUGCAAUCUCAAGUCAUGAUGAAGCCUUGGGCCCUGCAAGUAAUGAGCCACAAAAGAGCAGCAUUGAACCAUUCCGUGAACUAAAGAGAUCCUUUCAGUUCCUGGGAUUAUUUGAUACCACACUGUGCAAUCUAACACAUAUUCCUGCUGAUAAGAUAACUGGUGAAGCAAAUGAGGACCAAAUCCUGAAUGCCAUUGAAGCUUAUACAGAAUAUCGACCAGAGAUUGCUUCACGUGCAAUAAAUCAUCUCUUUGAUAUUGCACGUAUUGAACAAUGUGACCAGCCAUUGCGUGCCCUACAGCUGGUGAUCUCUGCACUGAAGUAUCACAAAUUUGACAAAAGUGUUCAGGUGACGGGCAGUGCGGCACUCUUCUACCUGACUGGCUCAGACUACCGGCAUGAACAGAGCAUCAAGCUCCGCCGCCAGGUCAUUCAGGUGGUGCUGAAUGGUAUGGAGUCCUACCACGAGGUGACGGUACAACGGAAUUGCUGCUUGACGCUCUGUAAUUUCAGUAUUCCAGAGGAGCUGGAAUUUCAGUAUCGGCGGGUGAAUGAGCUACUCCUGGGCAUCCUCAAUCAGACACGGCAGGAUGAGUCCAUCCAGCGCAUUGCAGUGCACCUUUGCAAUGCACUGGUCUGCCAAGUUGACAACGACCACAAGGAAGCAGUAGGAAAAAUGGGAUUUGUUACAACAAUGUUGAAACUGAUUCAAAAGAAACUGGCAGACAAAGUGUGUGACCAAGUGAUGGAGUUUUCAUGGAGUGCACUGUGGAACAUUACAGAUGAGACUCCUGACAACUGUGAGAUGUUCCUAAACUGCAACGGAAUGAAGUUGUUUCUUGAGUGUUUGAAUGAAUUCCAAGGAAAACAGGAAUUACACCGGAACAUGCUGGGACUCCUGGGAAAUGUUGCUGAGGUCAAACAGCUUCGGCCGUACCUUAUGACCACACAGUUUAUCAGUGUCUUCAGCCGUCUCUUAGAAAGCAAUGCUGAUGGGAUAGAGGUGUCGUAUAAUGCCUGUGGGGUACUUUCACAUAUCAUAUUUGAUGGAGAUGAAGCCUGGACCAUCACAGAACCUCGUCGGGUUGAAGUGAUGGAUCGAAUGUGGCGAGCAAUCUCCAGCUGGGAUGAAAAUUCAAGAAGAAACAUUAAUUACAGAUCAUUUGAGCCAAUCUUACGCCUUCUUCCUCAGCGAGUGGCUCCAGUCAGCCAACACUGGGCAACCUGGGCACUCUUUAACCUCACAUCUGUCUAUCCUGAGAAAUACUGCACGUUGUUAAUAAAAGAGAAUGGAAUUGAACUGCUGAAGGGAGUGAUCGAAAGUGACGCAGCUAGAUCAGAGACCAAAGAAAUGGCAGAACAGGUCAUCAAAUUCUGUGAGAACUUUAAGGAGGAGCGGAUGGACACAUCGAGUUAAAGGCUGAAGAUAAGCUGUCACCAACUCACACUACUUCCUGUCAAGCGUGGAGUCUGUGUAAACACUGAGGAACUUUUAAUGUCCUGCUACGAUAAUGCAUCAGAUGCAUUAUAGGGAGGAACCUCUGUGCAUGACACAGUGUCAAGAUGACACGCAGCAGAAUCAUUUGGUGUUGCACAAGAAAAUGUUAAUUCAUGUCAUUUUUUAUUCGAUAAGGAAUUAGCGUUUUCUCUCACUUUAUCCCUUUUACCUUCUUUAUUUUAAUCUCUUCUUGCCUUUUGAGUCAAAUUCUCCCCACCCCCGACUUUCCAGCUGUAUUUUCUCUCUCUCUCUCUUUCUCUCUCUGCCCUUGUCCCUCCUUCCUUCCUUUUCCUGUUUUUUUUGUAAAUUGUGCUUCCAUGGUUUGUCUUGAAAAAUUUUGAUUGUGUGAAAUCUCUUGGGCUGUGCCAGUUAAUCAAAUGUCAACGGUUAUAAACUUUUAAGAAAAAUAAGGAAUAAUUAAUAAAUGAUUUGUUGUUGAGGCACCUGUUCCUUUAGAUGUGCUGAUCUUCAGUUCUUGAUCUGCAGCUGAUGAUCUGAUAACGAGCUUGUGAGCUUGGUCUUUAAGGUAGCACCAAAGUUGUAUGUUUCCAAUUCCUUGUAAAUGAUUUUUUAUGUUCCAGCUUUAAUUACAGACUCUGUGUUCUCAAUGGGCCUACAAUGUUAACACAAUAUAUGUAAUUUCAGAAAUAAUAUGGUGGCAUGACCUCAAGUGAGCUGAGUAGUUCCAGUUAGAGUUACACUCAUAACUAAUGGGCAAUAUGAGUGAUGUGUAAGUAAUAAUUGAUUAGUUGAUUUAGGCAUAUGCUUUUCUGUUUUAAUUAAAAUAGUUCUUUACAUUCUGGGGAUGC